AUGGACGAGCAAGUGCCGCCGCCGAACACCACUUUUCCCGUCCCCUUCCAAUCACCGAUGCCGGUCAGGCGGACGUUGGGACCCCACAAUUCGCCUGUCAAGUCGAUGUCGACGAAUUCAUCGGCGCACACAUCUCCACGAGUAACCCCAACGAAAGGCGCCAACCCAUAUGGAGAUCGUUUCAUGCCCCUCCGCCAGUCGAACUUCGAUUGGAACGCCCGUUUCAACUCAAUCAACGCCGAGGAGGAGGGCAACUUCAAGAAACCAAUGGGCUCUUCGUGUACUCGUCAUAUCAACGGAAUUCCGAAUACCUCGAUACUCUCCUCCUCCGCAUCGUCGUCCCACGCGUCCACAAGUUCCCUAUCGGCGUUGGGAAGUGGGAGCUCCUCGUCAGUGUCAUCUAUAACAACUGCCAUUCAGCAGCACAUUCACACAACCGCCGCAUCGCCCGCAUAUCAAGAAUACUAUCAAGGAGUGCAGUCAUCGUCUGGAAACACGUCACCCACUGCGAUGUCGUCGUGUCUAGACGAUUCGAGGAAUGGAGAAGCCGUGUUGAGAGCGUUGCUUCGGAAUGAGAUGUUGAAGGAUCGAAUCGAUGAUGUGAAGUCACAAGUGCAAACAUCUGAAGAGACGAUUGCCUCGUUUUCUCUGGCACCCGUAGUUUCGGCCUACCCGAAUCCGGUACCUGAAGGCAGUACGCCACGUGGACACAUUCCACAGUUGGAACGGAAUGCAUACGGUGGAAGUGUGGAUAGUGUGUUCCCGGUGAUGUCGAGUGAAGGGGUUAAUGACGUGACGAGAAUCAGUAGCAGCUCUCACAAUCAUCCCAAUCCGAAUACCAGCAACAACCCGAACCACACCAAUCACGCCCACGGUCAUCACAGCAAUGUGCACGGUGCACACUCCCCAACAAUGGCCCAAAUGAUGGAACCACGGUUGCGAGCCGGCGGUGAUUCAGCCAUCGAGAUACCCCUCUCCCCAGCAGCAUCUAUAUGUGCCUCCGCGCCUGGAACUGCUGAAACUCCCACCAAAUCACUCUCCCUCCCCCUCUCCCCGGUCGCUCCAAAACAAUCGCCCGCCCGUGCGCUCUUCGCUUACAGCGCCAAAACGACGCCUGUAAAGUAUGGAGUCACCGCCCCGGUUCAGACGACGUCACCAUUCGGUGGACCGUUCGGAGUGGACUCCCAGCGGCUACUACGGACACCGAGGAAACCGAUUCGAAAAGUGCCGAAGAAUCCGUAUAAAGUGUUGGACGCGCCCGAACUUCAAGACGAUUUCUAUCUGAAUUUAGUGGAUUGGUCGUCUCAAAAUCAGUUAUCCGUUGGAUUGUCCGCUUGUGUCUAUCUGUGGAGUGCCACGACGAGCCAGGUGAUCAAACUGUGUGAUCUAUCCGUCACAAACGAACAAGAUCAAGUGACAUCCGUCCAAUGGUGUGACAAAGGAGACCUGUUAGCCGUCGGCACGAAUCGUGGAAUCACUCAAAUUUGGGAUGUAACGACACAGAAAAAAGUGCGUGAUCUGGCUGGACACACGUCACGAAUCGGAUGUCUGGCGUGGAAUGCGGAUACGAUAUGCUCAGGAUCGAGGGAUCGAACGAUUAUUCAUAGGGAUAUUCGAUGUGAUGAUCAUGAUACGGGCAGGAAGCUGACGAAUCACCGGCAAGAAGUUUGUGGAUUGAAAUGGUCACCGGAUAAGCAAUUGCUCGCCUCCGGUGGAAACGAUAAUCAGUUGUUGGUGUGGAAUUUGCGGAGACCCGAACCGAUUCAAACGUAUAAUCAGCAUAAUGCGGCGGUUAAAGCAUUGGCUUGGUCACCACAUCAUCAUGGAUUAUUAGUGUCCGGUGGAGGUACUGCCGAUAGGUGUUUGAGGUUCUGGAACACGCUGACGGCUCAACCGAUGCAAUGUGUUGAUACUGGAUCACAGGUCUGCAACGUGGCAUGGUCAAAGCAUAGCAGUGAACUCGUAUCAACUCAUGGAUAUUCAUAUAAUCACGUCAUCAUCUGGAAAUACCCGAGCCUUCAACCCGUCACCAAACUCGUCGGUCAUCAGUAUCGUGUUCUCUAUCUGGCGAUGUCACCCGACGGCGAAUCGAUAGUGACAGGCGCCGGUGAUGAGACUCUUCGAUUCUGGCACGUCUUCAAUAAGGGAAACCCGCCGACGAUCACAAGAUCCAAGUUGAAUUUGCAUUCUACGAUUCGGUAG